AUGGGAAUAUCAGUUAAAGAAUGCAGACCUGAAAACGGUCCUUUAAGUAAAGAAAAGUUAUGGAGAAUAAUUGACCUCGCCUAUACUGAACUUUCUGAAGAACCAAAAAAUAUAAAGAUGGAUGAACAUCAAUGGGCUGAUACGUUAGGAAAGGGAAUUUUGGAAGUUCUAGCUAAGCAUUCUACGGCAUACAAAUAUCUAGUUUCUGUGACAACAGUGGUUUCUUCUUUGGCGUUUGAAGGUAAUGAAAAUGCUAGCGUAAGCCAUACAGUUUCGACAUAUUGGAAUCCAAAUAAGGACGGCCUGUUCUCUUGCAUACUUGGACAGGAGGCGAAGGAUGGUAUAAGGUAUCUAGUAACUGUCACCUGGAUUUACAAAGAAAAAUAA